AAGUCAGAAGGUCAGCUGAAAGACACUGAAUUAAGAAUCUUCAGCUUUUUCACUCAAUUCGUAUUUUUCUGUUGAAGUAAAAAGAUCCAUCCGUCUCUUAGUUUGGAGGAUCUUGCAUCAGAAAGCAUCUAAAUUGUAGAAAGUGUUAAAGUUCAAUUCAAUCUAUCAAAAUUCCAGUGUAUUUAACAUCAACAUGACCGACGAAGUCCAGAAAUUCAUCACGCGUGGCAGUCGCAAAGGACAUGGCAUUGCCGUCUUCACCAGUGGUGGUGACUCCCAAGGAAUGAACGCUGCUGUUCGUGCAGUUGUUCGUAUGGGAAUUUACUUAGGAUGCAAGGUUUAUUUCAUCAAAGAAGGCUAUCAAGGAAUGGUCGAUGGUGGUGAAAACAUUGCUGAAGCCAAUUGGGCAGCAGUUUCAAGUAUUAUCCAUCGUGGUGGAACUGUCAUUGGAUCAGCCCGUUGCAUGGACUUCAAAGAGCGCUGGGGUCGCUUGAAGGCUGCUGAGAAUCUCGUUAAACGUGGAAUUACUAAUUUAGUCGUCAUUGGUGGUGACGGUUCUUUAACCGGAGCCAACUUAUUCCGUGUUGAGUGGUCGAGUCUCUUAGACGAACUUCUUCAGACUGGUAAGAUCACAAAUGAAGAGCGACAGAAGAACAAAUCACUCCACAUCGCUGGUAUGGUUGGAUCCAUUGACAACGAUUUCUGUGGAACCGACAUGACCAUUGGCACUGACUCAGCUUUGCAUCGCAUCAUUGAAGCUAUUGAUGCCAUUGUAUCGACUGCAUACUCGCAUCAAAGAACAUUCAUCAUGGAGGUCAUGGGAAGACAUUGCGGUUACUUGGCUUUGAUUUCCGGUGUCGUCACGGAAGCCGAUUAUGUUUUCAUUCCAGAAUCGCCACCACCCACUGAUUGGGCAAGAAAAUUAUGCGAUAAAUUGAUGCAGGCAAGUUAUUUAGCUGUAGUCGCUGCUUUAGCUAGCGAAGCUGAUUAUGUUUUCAUACCAGAAGACCCGGUUAAAACCGACUGGAAGGAUCAUCUCUGCAAAAAAUUACUUCAGGAGCGUUCAUCUGGUCAACGUUUGAACAUUAUCAUCGUUGCCGAAGGUGCAACAGAUCGCGAAGGAAAUCCAAUUACUGCUGAAAUGGUGAAAAAAGUCGUUGUUGAUGAAUUGGCACAAGACACAAGAAUUACUGUGUUAGGUCACGUUCAACGUGGUGGAAAUCCAUCAGCUUUCGAUCGUGUCUUGGGUUGUCGUAUGGGAGCUGAAGCUGUAAUGGCAUUAAUGGAAGCAACUGACGACACUGAACCUUGUGUCGUUUCCUUGGAUGGAAAUCAGGCUGUUCGUGUUCCAUUAAUGGAAUGUGUUGAACGUACACAAGCAGUUGCAAAGGCAAUGUCGGAAAAGAAGUUUGAUCUUGCUGUUGAAUUGCGUGGGCGUUCAUUCACAAGAAAUUUGGAAACUUAUAAAAUGUUGACACGUUUGAAGCCACCAAAAGAUGCUUUCGAUGCUCAAGGAAAGGGCAAAGAAGGCUAUACACUUGGUGUUAUGCACAUUGGAGCUCCAGCUUGCGGAAUGAAUGCAGCAGUUCGUUCAUUCGUGCGAAAUUCGAUUUAUCGUGGUGACACUGUUUAUGGAAUUCACGAUGGUAUUGAAGGUUUAGUGUCUGGCCAUAUAACAAGAAUGGAUUGGGGUGACGUCACUGGAUGGGGCGGGCAAGGUGGAGCUUUCUUGGGCACCAAGCGAACAUUACCAGAAGGGAAAUUCAAGGAAAUUGCCAGUCGUUUGCGUGAAUUUAAGAUUCAGGCUUUGCUUGUUAUUGGUGGCUUUGAAGCUUAUCAUUCAUUGGGUCAAUUGGUUGAUCAACGCGACAACUACUCUGAAUUUUGCAUCCCAAUGGUCAUCAUCCCAUCAACAAUCUCGAAUAAUGUUCCUGGCACUGAAUUCUCACUUGGAUGCGAUACGGGUUUAAAUGAAAUUACCGAAAUUUGCGAUCGUAUUCGUCAAUCAGCUCAGGGAACAAAACGUCGUGUGUUUGUAAUUGAAACAAUGGGCGGUUAUUGCGGAUAUUUGGCAACAGUUGCAGGUCUUGCUGGCGGUGCUGAUGCUGCUUAUAUCUUUGAAGAGAAAUUCUCAAUUAAAGACUUACAACAAGACGUUUAUCACAUGGCAUCAAAGAUGGCUGAUGGCGUUCAACGUGGAUUAAUUUUGCGAAAUGAAAAAGCAAAUGAAAAUUACAAUACAGAUUUUAUUCAUCGUUUGUAUUCAGAAGAAGGUAAAGGAUUAUUCUCAUGUCGUUCUAAUAUCCUUGGCCAUAUGCAACAAGGUGGAUCUCCAUCACCAUUUGAUCGUAAUAUGGGAACGAAAAUGGCAGCUAAAGCUGUUGAAUGGCUUGUUGAUCAAUUGAAGAAGAACACACAACCAGACGGAACAAUUAAUGCGAAAACUCUUGACUCAGCAUGUUUGUUGGGCCUUGUAAGACGCCAAUAUAAGUUCACUCCUUUGAAAGAACUUAUUUCUGAUACCAACUUUGAUCAACGUAUUCCUAAGUCGCAAUGGUGGCUUAAGUUACGGCCUUUGUUGCGUAUCCUUGCAAAGCACGACUCAACCUACGAGGAAGAAGGUAUGUACAUAACGGUUGAAGAAGAAUGUGCAAACGAUGCUGCUGUUGUUUAAAGCGCUCGCUCUCUCAUCAUCUUAAUAGAGAGAAGAAAAAAAAUGUUUGAAACAUAAAUCCGCACUAAAAAAAUUAUUUUUCUUUGUGUCCUCAUUAUAUCUUAAGUUCAAAACAUUACAAGACAAAAAUUACGAACAUAAAUCAUGAAGUUUGUUGUUGCUUAUUAUUAUUUUUACUUCAUUAGUUUGUAGAUAAAUAGAGAGAAAAAAUCAUUUAUUUUUUUAUUUAUUAUAAAAUCAAUACAGGAAUGAAUGACAGUGAUGUUCUUAAGUAGAGAAAAGUUAUGAAGAAUGAAAAAGAAAAGUUUUAGUAGUUGAAAAGUUUCUAAGCAUUAUGAAUGAAACGCACACAAAUAUUUUUUUAUUUGAUAUCAUUUUUAUUUAAAUUAUUAUUUUAUCAUGUAUCGAAUCAAAAUUUUAAGUAAAAGGAAACUUACAUAAUACAUUGCAAUGCAAAGGAUGAAAACUUUUUAUUUUGAUUCUGAUUUUAAUGUCAAUCAUUAUUAUUUUUCAUGAGAAAGAGAUUUGAAAAUGAGUGUAGAUUCAUCACUUCCCUAUUUCUCGAUGAUAUUCAUUUAGUAGAUGGAUUAAAAAUUGUAGAAUCACUGAGUGACAACUGACCUCAAUAUCAACAGUCGAAUAUGAUUCCAAUCCUCAUUAUCAUCAUGACAACAUUUACUGAUGCGUAUCCGAACAUUCAUGACAAAAAUAUAAAGUUUCGAGAACUUUUGAUCACAAUAUAAGUUGGAUACGCUUCGUGAAAUGAGAACACUUAAGUAUUUCCAUUAUCCAUCACAACAUUAAUUAGUUAUCAUUGAACACAAAAUGAACAGCAAGAAAUAAAAUGAUUUUCUUGUGGACCAUAUUUUCAGAUGCAGUUACAAACUUACAGGCUUUGAAGGAACUUUAAGUUUUGAUUGAUUGAAAACCAUUUUCCCUUCCAAAUUAUUAAUGUUGGUCAAUAACUACAUGGAAGUGUGACACAAAAAAGCUUAAAAAGAAACUGCAAAUGAGACAAACAAAUAAUUGGCGUGAAAUAAUUUUUUAGUUUGUUCCAAAAGUAACAGAAAAAAUUAAUUAAAUUUAGCUUCAUUAAAGAUCCUUUUCAUCUUGAAAUGCUAUGCUAAAAUCCUUUUGCUGUUUUACUGUUAAUUGGAAAUUAUCUAUUUUGUGUCUCUCUAUUUAUGAAACGAAACAUUAACCAACAGUUUUUUAAACAUGAUCACAUGAUUUUCCAUUAAUUAGUUUGAAUUAUUACACGGUGCUUUUAUUCAAGCACAAAUUAAAUUUAAUUUAAUGUAUCAUGUGAAAAAUAUAUUCUUUCAGCUCAUGCUCAAUUGCACUUGGAGGCUUUGAAGAGUUCGGUUUAAAAUCAAAAUUAAAUGUCAUCUUAAUAAUUGUUUUUGUCUUCCUGGGUUGGAAUAUAAGUUAAAGAAAAUUAUUGUUAUUAGUUAUUCUAAUUCUCUAUUUUCUAUGUUCCUAUUCUUUCCUUCAUUCUUCUGCUUUUUAAUUGAUGACAUAAACAAACUUUUGCUUUGUUAUUCUUUAGUGCUAAAUUGAAUGGCUUUGAACCAGUAAAAACUUUAUUGUUUGAAAAUUUUUUUGAUUUAGAAAAGAAUGUUGUGAUUUCUUUGAGCUUUUGGCGACGACAAAAAAAUUUUGUCAAACAAAAUAUUUUCUUUUUGAUUGGUUUUUAAUUUAUUUCUUCCUUAUGCCUGGGGCUGCAUUAUUCUAAUCUCAGUCGCUUAUUUUUUGUUUCGAAUAAUGAAUAAAUAAAAACGUAACCCAAACCGUAAAAAGCUUUCAUUGCGUAAUGUUAACGUAUGCAAUGAUCCUUACGUUGCGUUUUUUGGAAUAUUUCAAAUAAAUUUUAUGCUGCGAUAUAAAUUAUUAAAUAAUAAAAUAAAUUUGAAGCCUUCUAGUUUCAAUUUGUGUUAUUUGUAUCUUCUGUAAUGUGCAUGGUAAAGGCUAUCAAAAAUUUUCUUGCUUGUUUCUAUUAAUUGAAUGAAUUGUUGAAUUAUACAAAAAUUCUCCACCACAUUCACUCACAAUUUUCUGAUUUUAUGUUGUAUUGUGAUAAUUCUAUUUACUGCACUUUUGUCUUGUCAAACACAUUAAAGUACAUGAACAAAUAAACGAAACUUAUUCCUUGCUUCACAUUAAAAGUCCAAGUCUUUCCUCCCACAAUUCACUUCAUGAAGAGAAAGAAAAUAAAUCAAAUAUUGUAACUUGAAGAUAGAAAAUGUUUUAUUCAAAAUAAAUAUGAAGAUAUAAAAGAAUUGAAAUAAAUUUUAUCAUUGUUACACAUAUAAUAUUUAACUGUUUUAUUAGUUUUUGACUCAUAAAAUAUCGACAGUUCCGUAUUUGGUGUCGAGUAAAUAACAAUAAGUGCCCUGAUCGUUUAGCAUUUGUUGAAGUUGAGAUUUGAGUCCGAGAAGUGAAGCGAGUCGAUAUUUUAAGCCACAAUCUGCCACCAUUCGAACAAGAUCAUUAAAAAUCUUUUCCUGCUUUGGAGUUAUUCUUGUAAGUUGUGUCAUCUUAACGACAUUCUCGAUGAUCUCAUCUGUUAAGUCAUUUCUUGCCAUGAAUUCAUUAAGAAAACUUUCAUCUUCAAGCAUCAAAUGAACAGAAAUUGCUUUGGCGAAAUCGAUGUUUGUUUCAGUAUUUUUCAUCAAUAUCAUCGUUUGAGGAACUAUCAACUCGUAAUUAGCAAAAUAUUGAAACUUUUCAAGGCUCUGUUCAGGAUUGACGAGAGAAGGGCAAAGUUUCUCUUCCUUCUCCAUUCCAACUUUAAUCAAAUGAAUUUGCACAGCGAUCAACUCACAAAAUGAUGCAAACUUAAGCGACAUAUCAAUUUUAUUUGCCAUUGUGAUGAGUUCAGUUGCAUGAAUCAUUCCAACCAAUAUUUCAUUCAAACUUGUAAUGAUUGUCUUGUCACAUUUCAAAUAUGGAAGUUCAAUCGAUUCAGGUUGAUUUGUUAAAAUUUUUCCGAUUUUCGUGAUCUUCACUUCACAAACAUCCAACAAGUUUUGUAUCUUAUCAAGAGAUUCUUGUUUCCAAAUAAUCGCCAACUCUGUGUACAUCAUGAAAUGACUUGCAGCCAUUUUAUAAUAUUCUUUGUUUGUCGGAUGAUAUUCGUUGAGAUAAUUGAGAAUUGCGACUUUCAAGCCAUCAGUUUGUUUGUCAGUAAACUGACCGAGAAGUGCUUCAAACUGAUCGUUUCGGAUGAGAAUUUCGAAGCAAUAAGACAUCUCACGAAAUCUUCCAAUGCCGCACAUUAAUUUAACAAUCAAAUUGAAAUUUUUCUUCACCGUUAAAUGAUUACAUAAAUUCUUCGCAAGGUUCAAGACUGCACCAAUUCCUUCAGUUGAACAUUCAUGACAGAAACAUUCGUGAGCUGUUGUUAAAAGCUCGACUCGAAUGAUGUUUUGUUUCUUUAAUGACAUCAUUUGUGGCGCUAACAUUCGAUUCAGAUGUUGACAGAUUAUUUCUUGUUCAGGAUUUUCUGACUUGAAUGGAAUGUCGACAGAGUCUCGUGAAAGAAUUUUGUAAUAUUUCAACAAUUCCAUGCCGAGGAGAAAAGUAUUUGUGGACAGUUCAAGAAUUAAGUGAAGAUCUUUUGAUAAACUUAAUCCCCAAAUGUCAUCAAUUGCACGAUUUUUAUUAAAACUUAUUGAAGAGAUUGUCGACUGAUUCAUGCUUUCAAGUUCUUUGUUGAACUCCACAAACCUCGUUCGAAUGAUGCAGCCAGCAAUUUCCUUCCCAAUAAACUCAGCCAUCUCUUCAUCUGUCAUUUGAAGUGCAACCAUGAUGUCGUUCAUGACAAGAAGUUUAUUUUCGCAAUCUAUUGAUGCUGCCAACUCAAGAAACUCAAAAGAAUUUUUCAUGCUUAGAAGUUCGACGUAGUUUUGGUUAAGAAACAGUGAAACUCGAUAAAUCAAAGCAAUUCUUUGUGCUUGAUCAACGCCAUGUUUCAUUUUACAGACAAGUCCUUGAAGUGCUUCAAAUGAUUCUUUAUUCUCUCGAUAACUUCGACUUUUGGACUCGUCCACGUUUGCCGAUGCCGAAAGAUGUUCUGGUGAUGAUGACAAUGAAGUUGAAACGCUGCUCGUUCGAAUUGAUCUCAAAGUUAAUCGAUUGAAUUUCUUUGACAACAAUCCAUAACUGCUGAUGGUUUUCCUUUCUUCCUUUGUUAUAUCGUAAAUGGAAUUUAUGCCUUCAGCUAUCGACAUCAUGUAAACAAGCAACUUCAAAUCUUCCGGCGCUCUUCCAAACAUUUCCUGAAUUCUCAUUACUUGAAUCACAUCACCAACAUCGAGAAGAUUAAAAAUUAAUUCAUCGAGAUGAUUCAAUUGAUUGACAUCGUCAAGUGUCUUGAAGCUGAUUGUCAAUUCUUCUAUUUUUGCAAUUGAUUUCAAUUCGUAAAGUGAGUUGUGAAUGAUUGAUUUCUCUUUAGAAAUGACUUCAUCAUAAUAUUCUGACAUUAAUGGCUUCACUUGCACAACUCCACGAGUCUUCAAUCUUAAAUAAACCAAUAUAAUUUCAUACUCCAAAGCAUCCAUCUCUUGUGAAUCAUCUUCUGGAUUGUUUCUCAAUAUAAACUUCAUCAUGUUGAAUUUCUUUUCGCAAUCUUCCAUCUCAACGAUGACAGUUUUAAGAAAUUUUAUCACAACUUCAACAUUCAGAUUAAAUUUUGUGACAUAUUUCAUGUACUUCAUGGCAUCAAAGUUUUGGUCGUUUUGAUCUUCACAACUCCACAUAUGAAUCCACCACUUGAAGACGAAGUCAGCUUUCGGCAGAUCCAGCAAAUCAGCAACUUCAAUAGCCACUUCAAAUUGAUGACUCUCAAUCAACGACUCACAAAUCGUUUCAAUAUUUCCUUUUAACGAUUUCUGAUCCAUUUCGAACAAUUCUUGGAAGUUCACUUGAAUGUUUGUUCGUUCAAGAAUCUUGUUGAGCUUCUUAAGAAACACAAAAUCGACUUUCUCACUGAACUGAGCGAGUUCUAAUCGACAUAAAGCUUCCAAAUACUUUUCCUGGUGCAAAAUCGAUUUCAAAUUCAAUUGAAGAUGUUUAAUGAUGCAACACAUUGCAAAGUUAAUCGAAUCUGUUUGUCCUUUUGCAGCAACUAAAUUGUAAUCAGAAGUUCUCAAUUUCACUAUGAAAUGUUUUAAAAUCGAAUCA